AUGAGCGAGAACAUACUUCACAAGAGGCAAAGGAUCUUAGGUCACACAAAUUUGGAACUGGAUGAUGAGACCCUUGAGCAAUACACGUUAAUAGAAGUGGAAAAGUUGAUGCACAUGCAUGACCGCUCAUUAAAUGAUAUUAAAGAGAUGCCAAAGAUCAAACAUGUUUUGCUAAAAGAAUUGGGGAACAGUUUGUGGAGCCAAGAAAUGGAUUACGAUGUUGCCGAGGAAACACUAAGACAUGACAGGCAGUACAACUUACUUAAUGCCGAGCAGCGUGCGAUUUACGAAUCAGUCUUAGACUCUGUUGAAAAAAAGGAUGGAAAACUAUUCUUUGUAUAUGGCGCAUGUGGCACAGGAAAAACAUUCCUAUACCAAACCAUUAUAUCCAGACUUCGCUCGAGAAAACAAAUCGUUCUCCCGGUUGCUUCUUCAGGAAUAACCGCAUUGCUACUACCAAACGGGGGAACAUCUCAUUCUUGUUUUAAUAUUCCUUUGAAGCUCGACGAAAAUAAGCUCUGCAAAAUCACACCAGGAACAAUGCUGGCUGAACUAAUUGAGAAAACAGACCUCAUAAUUUGGGAUGAGGCACCUAUGACAGACAAGCAUGCUUUCGAAGCACUAGACAAACUUUGA